AUGCGACACAAUAUACACAGGAGGCUUGGCUUUUUACUUUUAGAGACGGAUGGCAGUGGAGCGACGAGUACCAAGACUAUUUCCGCUGUUUGGAUAAUGGUAGCUGUGAAUGGUACUCCGCCCAGGGUGGUACUUCAUCGUCCAAAAGUGCAGAAAGGGGAUCCAAGAAGGGGAAAGAACACUGAGAUGGCGACUUUGACCUUCCAUAGAAAUUCGUUCUGA